AGUGCUGACUGCCAACUGACAUUGUGUGAGUCGUGUGACAGUUUUAUGGAUUAUUGGUGUGGCAUUUAAUAUUUAUAGUUUUAUUUUAAGGUCUUGGUACAAGACACGUGUAUUUACUACUUACAUAAUUUAAAUAAUAAUUCAGGUGUACGUCUUAUACUUACAAUAAAUAUGCCUAAAAAAAAAACGGGACAGAGAAAGAAGGCAGAAAAGAUGAGGCUUCGACAAAAAGGAAUUAGAUCAGCAAAGGACAACUUGUCUUUGGCUAAACACCCUUGCAAUGCAUCAAUGGAAUGUGACAAAUGCAAGAAGAAACAAAAAAAUCGGGCUUUUUGUUAUUUUUGUCAAAAUUUACAGCGUUUACCUCAGUGUGCUAGUUGUGGUAAAAUAAAAUGUCUUAUGAAGUCAGGAGAUUGUGUUGUUAAACACCCUGGUGUCUAUACAACAGGAAUGGGUUUAGUGGGUGCAAUAUGUGAUUUUUGUGAAGCGUGGGUAUGUCAUGGUCGAAAAUGUCUGACAACUCAUGCCUGUGUUUGUCCCCUACAAGAUGCAAAUUGUGCUGAAUGUGAACGUGGAACAUGGGAUCAUGGUGGUCGUAUAUUUAUGUGCUCAUAUUGUUCAGCAUAUCUUUGUGAAGAUGAUCAAUUUGAGCACCAAGCUUCAUGUCAAGUUUUAGAAUCAGAAAAUUAUAAAUGUCAAUCAUGCAAUAAAUUAGGACAGUAUAGUUGCUUGAGAUGUAAGGUGUGUUUCUGCGAUGAACACAUUCGAUGUAAACGUUUCAAGUAUUCUGAAAAAGAUAGGAAUUAUCCAUGUCCUAAGUGUUCUUAUCCAACAGCUGAAGUCAGUGAUCUUUCAUUAUCUUCUCGUAAUCACAAAUAUGGCCGACAAGCAUAUGAAGAAGGUGAUGAUGAUGAUGAUUCGUAUGGUUAUGGAGCUGGUAGUUCUGGAGCAAACUAUGGAUAUACUUAUGAUGAAGCUGAAUAUAGUGAUGAUGAUGAUGACGACGAUGAUUAUUCUUCAGAAGAUGAUGAUGAUGAUGAUGACGACGACGACAAUAAUGAUGAAGAUGAAGAUGAUGACAAAGCAAAAAUAAAAAAAUAAAUUAUUGUUAUAAAUCUAAAUAGUAUUUUUAUAAAAAUAUAUUAUUUGUCAAUUUA